AGAGCUCGUCACGCGGGGCCGGGUGGGGACACUGGCGGGAAGGCAGAGAGUGAGGGCGCGGCUGCGGGGUGUGCGCCCAAGUCCAAGGGCACCAGUGGUCUGCUGGCUCCGGGUGGAAAGCUAGAGCCGGGCGCGGCAGGGAAGCUCCGGAGCCAGAGUCCGAUUCAGGAAGUCGUGUUUUUUGCAUCAGGAGCAGGACAGGUUGCAGUGAAACCUCAAGUAUGCGAGGCAUCGGCCCGCGGGACGGCCUGGGACCUAGGGGCGCUUUCCUCGACGCAAGUGGCAGAUUUAUCUCCAUUUUGGAGACAGAGAAACUGAGGCCCCAAGCAUCUGAGUGACUGUCCCAAGGACAUACAUUGAGCAGAAACGGUGGGAAGCUAAUGCAAAGUUGAAUGCCCUGCACCCUCCUUGGAAAGCUCAGAAGGAGAUCAGCUCUUGAGCCAGCCCUGAAUACAACCCUGAAGCAGCUCUUGGCUCUUUGUUGUUGGAUCCAGCUUCCCUGAAGAAUGGCACACCUCUGUACAUGCCCACAGGUCACAAAGCCUAGCAGUGAGGCUUGCAUCUGCAAAUAACCAGUGACUGUCCUGAGACCUCACCUAUGAGCACAACAAUCCUCCAGACACCAACAGGAGCUCCUGGUGGCGUGCUCAAACCCAAAGCUGAAAGAGGAGAAAAUCCCAAGUGGCCAACACUGUGUUCUCUAGAGUCCAGGACUUACUAGAAAACUGAAAGGAUCCUCUGUCGCCACCCCAGCCAAGCACCAUGGAGAGAAUCAGCUCCUUCUUCAGCUCUAUCUGGGAGACCAUCUUGAUCAAACACCAAGAAGGCCUCUUCAAUACUGUCUGCUUAGCUGUCCUCCUGGGGCUGCCCCUAUUGGUGGUCCUCACACUCAUCUUCAUCUGUUGCCAUUGCUGCUGCAGUCGGCCAGCCAAGAGCUGCCAACAGUCAGAGCAGAACAAAAGGAAGAAGAAAAAGAAGAAGAAGGAUGAAGAAGACCUCUGGAUCUCUGCUCAGCCGAAGCUCCUCCAGAUGGAGAAGAGGCCGUCACUUCCUGUCUAGCUAGGAAGGAAGCGAGUAUCUUCCCACUGGAGCCAACCUUCCUUCCAACCACAUGAAGACUCAGGAGAAGGGGUCUUUAAAGUGAUACAUUCAUGCCCACAAGAGUACUCAACCAAGGAACAAAUUUUAAACUGAGAGCCCCAAUGGAGGGGAGCUUAUGGGCAUUUCUUACAUUGUCUUGGCAGCUAUGUGUUCAAUAACAGUGCUCUUUGCUGCAGUCCCAAGCCUGCAUUACACUGUCUCUGGAAUACCCCACUACAAAAGCACAGAGAACACUUACCAUGAAUCUUAGAUGGCUUCCAAGGUUAUACACACACCCAUCAUUUCAUGGGACAGUACUCUGUUUAUCAAGUGGCCAUUUAAUAUGUACUUUGCUCAAGUCAGUAUACUAUAUAUACUUGCAGAAAUGUCUUCUAGAAAGACAUGGCCAGAUUUAGGCACAUGUACACAAUUAUAUAGCUAUUCAAGGUCCUUAUGCACUGUCUACAUACCAUUCAGAUUGGAAAUGGGUGCUUUCCUAUUCAUAUACCUACAUAGUGUUUUACUGGAAAUACAUUUGGACAUUCCAGGAACCUGGUACACUCCUCACCUCAGUAUGUAUUGAUACAGACAUAGCUAGUUCCUGUAUGCUUCUGACCCUUUACGUAUACCUAAAAGUUUAAAGUAUGGAUUGGAAUUCAUUGAAAGCUCUUUACUUGCAAUUCAUGAUAAGGUCCUUAUUACCACUGACAGGUGUUUAAUGUGGUCCAAGACCUUUCUGGGACAUUACCCCGUACCAACAAGCAGGGUGCCCUUUUCCAAGCAGUGAUGGAAACCUCUUGUCAGUGACUGCUAGAAAGCUAUGGAAACCCACUUAUUCUCUUCAGUGGGCUGCAGUUAUGUACCUAUGCGAUGUAUGUACAGAUGGAAAGAGUAAGGAAAUGGUCUACCUGAGCUAGCUAGAAAAUCACAAGUACAGUCUCAAAGGAGGCACACACACACACACACACACACACACACACACACACACACACACACACACACACACACGCAUGCACGCACCAGAAACAAAUUCCUGAGUUUGUAGCAGUGUGUGGGAUGUUGCAGGUGGGGUGCAGAAGUAAUAGUUUAAAUGAAAAUAAGAUGAAACUAUAAAGAAGUUUACUAUUAUUUAUCUUGAUGCUCAGGAAAGUAUGUUAUGCACAGUCGGUACUCGUAACUGUAGAUGUUGUUGGAUGGAUAUAAAAUGAUGUUAAGGAUAAGCUUGUAAUACCUCACAAUUCCUCCAAAGUGACCUUCUCUUCUAAGAUACCCCACUAAUUGCUGCAGUAGAUGAGACAGGUAUUGAGACCAGGGUUGAGUUGACAUAUGUGCCCUGAGGUACCUAAGGACUUGCAAAGAAGAUCUGUGAGUGGAGGAGACUUUCCCUCACCAGACUAAUGUUCAGAGAUAAUCCACCUAUGUGAUGAACUGGUUGGUUUUUUCAUUAUAUUGUGGCUAUAUGACAAAGAUAGAGAACUUAGACUGUACUCUGACCACUCAUUUGCAAAUCUACUGGGGAGCUCUUGAAAUAUUUUCCUUUGGAAACACUUCUAGACAGUGGCAAAUUACUGUCAAAUUAAUAACAGCUACAUUAUGACUUUUCUGUGCUAAAAGAAAAGAACCAAGUUUGAUAUGACUGUGUGAAUGGAAAGGUGUACUCUAUUUGCUCUCCCAGCUACCUGGUACUGCUGGUACACCUCCAGCUGCACUCCAGGCCCUUGGACAGUAGGCAUCUGGUGGUGACUCUUGCACUUGGGUCUUCUAACAGAUGACCUUGUGAAUUAUAAAUUAAGCCUAGCUAUAUUUUAGAGCAAGUCACAUUCACUCUCUCAUCCUCCGUAACCCCAAAGUCCGUAGGCACUCAGACCUUUCACCCAAAAGCAUCUUUGACCAGAGAAGCACUUCCUGAUUCUCUGUCCCUUUGUCACAUGAAGAACUUGUUGUGGAACAUCUGGCUGUCCUCUUCAUGUCACAGAAUGGUCAGUCAUCUCUCCAGACCACAUUCGUCCCUCUACCCAGUGCUGUUACCAGGAUGGGGUAACUUUCCCACCUCCAGCUCUCAGUUACUAUAAAUUGGAAGACUUGGGGGAGAUGUGGAGCCAAGAAGCAGAGAUGGGAAGUCAUUAUGACCUUUGGGAGUGGAUGACCAGGAUCAGGGACCAUACAAGUUACAUGGUUUCCAUGGUAACUGGAUGCCAGUUUCAAUUGAGACAACAGUCACUUAUUAUUACCUGCAAUGGGAAAGCCUCUGUCUCCAGGCACACUGUCCCUACUGCUUCCUAAUCAAAUGGAUUUGAGCCAGCUCUGGGCAUGAAACACUCAGAAAGUCAUUUCUCAGUUGUUUUCAUACCCUGGCUCCAGGAGACCCAACCCUGGUUGGCUUACCUCUUCCUGUUCCAGCCUCCCUGACAGCCUUUAUAGAGUGCCAGGGAUUGUGUAGGUCUUGUGAUGUGAUAGGCCCUCACAUUGCUACUGGAAAGUAGGCAGUGCUCCGAGUCCUGCCUUCCUGCUUCAUUCUUCCCCGCUCUGUUCUUAUUCCGUCUUCUUCCUGCAGCAUGCCAGCUCCAUCCCUUUAUUCUUCUCCACUUUCUCUCCUCUUUCCCCCACCCCUGAGCCUCUGUCCCAAACCUGCCACAGACAUGGGACGGGGGCGGUGCAGGGGGUUGUAUGGAAGGCUAAGGACCUGCUUUACUCAUCUGGGAAGGUUAAGUUAAUGGGGGACAGAAAGGCUUCAAAAAGCAGAGUCCUCCUAAACUGGCACAGGCCUGGGGAGGAGGUCCCUCCCCCAUGCUGGACUUCUGAGCAGCCAUGGCCAUCCUCACACACAUAGGGGUCUUUCCUCAAUGGAUUUACUUUUUUUAUUUGUUAGGGGGAGGGAAAAGGGAACAGGAAAAUGUAGAGAAAAGUCAGUCACUUUUUCAAGAAGAAUAUAUAAAUGAUCAAAGUUGUAUAGUAUUUGUCAGUAUUUUUCUGUAAAAUUCAAACACACGUAGAAGUUUAUUUAAAUAAAUAUUUUGAAAAUGAAAA